AUGGCCCACUGGCGAGAGGAAUACUCCGCCGCUCUAACGGCACGAGAUAGGCGGGAGAAGACCAAUGUUGGUUUGUACAAUGCCUAUACGCAACUUGCGGAUCGUACGGCGAAAGCUGUCCCCACUUCUGCAGACGCCCAACAACAUACACGUGCCACAUCUCCAGCAGGCAAGCCUGCAGGACAUCCAUCCGGGCGCCCAGACUCUUCUAUGCAGGAUGCGUUAGCUGCGACGAGGGCGGAUCUGAUUGAGGCGCAACGCUCCCGUGCUGAGCUGCAGGACCGGCUGGCUCGUAUAAGCGCUGAUUUGGAAAAACUUCGAAAACGGAGUGCCCAGGAUGGAAAGCGGAUUAACGCGCUAGAAGGCGAGAGGACGCACUUACAGUUACGCCUGAAGGAUAGAGAUGAGGAGCUGAGGGGCAAGGCCAAAUUACUGGAUGACUUCCAAGAUGAACUGGCGACGCUAAACUUGCAGCUUAAUAUGGCUGAGGAACAAUCAAAUCGGCUGCAGCGCGAGAACCAAGAACUAGUUGAUCGCUGGAUGGCCAGAAUGGGCAAGGAAGCGGAAGCCAUGAAUAAUGCUUCCAAGUACUCGUAG